UGCAUCGACCUGUAAUUGAACUCCAUUGAUAAUGCAGUGUCAAUUCAUGAUUAUCUUCCUAUUGACACGCAAUAUCGUGUAGUAGAGCUCCUCGAAGCGUCCUUGAGUUUGAGGUCAACUUCCAUCGCCAUUCUCCUAUGAAAAGCUCCGACUUGCUGGAACGAAGAACAGUCGGCAUCGCAGAGCCAUGUCAUGGCGCGACAACCAUGACAGCAAGUGCAGCAAGUGUGUUACUCAUCGACGAAUCGGACAGUAAACUUAAUAUGUGGGGUGGUUUACGGUGCAAUCGAAUCUUCCUAAUAUUGUUCCUGAUUCAUAUAAUAGCAUUUCAAACUUACGUAUAUUAUCAGGAGCAAUGCAAAUGGCAGGAAGUAAAAGAGAAUUUGAUGUCGAUAAUGACAGAAAGGCAGGAAUUGUGGAGCGAGUUGGAGUUGUUAGUGAACAAGGAGCAGGAUGUAUACAAACUCAUAAUAAAGUUGCUGGAAGGGCAGGGUGUGCAUGGAGUUAACAGGACCCAGGAACUCGCAGAUAAGCCCAUAAUCUAUGCUGUUACACCUACUUUUGCUAGGCCUGUACAAAAAGCAGAGUUGACUAGGCUAGCGCAGACAUUCCUACAUAUACCUAACUUCCACUGGAUCCUCGUCGAGGACUCGGUGAAAAAGACGAAACUCGUCACGCAAUUUUUACAAAACAGUGGUUUGAGGUAUACCCACCUCGCUGUGGCAACCCCGCUCAAUUACAAGUUAGGGCGAACCGAUCCGAACUGGAAGAAACCACGUGGCGUCGAGCAACGAAACGCAGCGCUCAACUGGCUUCGAGACAAUUUGAAAUUAACCGAUAAAGGGAUCGUGUACUUCGCUGACGACGACAAUACGUAUUCGGUGAAGCUAUUUCAUGAGAUGGAGAAGGUUCAGAAGGUCGGCGUGUGGCCGGUCGGUCUGGUCGGUGGUUUAAUGGUGGAGAAACCAAUGUGUGAUAACAUUACUAAUAAGGUAAUCGGUUUCAACGCGGUCUGGAAGCCGGAUCGUCCAUUUCCGUUGGACAUGGCUGGAUUCGCCAUCAAUCUGCGUCUUUUACUGGAGAACAAAGACGCGUUGUUUUCCUAUGAAGUUGAAGGUGGUUAUCAGGAGAGCGAGAUCCUGAGGCAGAUCGUCACUAGGGACGAACUGGAGCCGCUAGCGGAUCAUUGCACAAAGGUGUACGUCUGGCACACGCGCACAGAGCCACCGCAACUAAGCGUAGAACAGCUUUUGAUAAAGAAAGGUAAACGCUCAAACAUAGGUAUCGAAGUGUGAUAGCAACAUCAAGCUGUUGGACUACUGCGUUUUGCGAUCACGAAAGCUCGUGGUGGCGUAGACAAAUGUCAUCAUAACUGUCUGAAAAUUAGCGGAAAAUAGCGAAUUUUAUAUACGCUUUAUAUCAUUCGUACUUGGCCAUGUACCUACUCUUCAUUGUGGUAAAAUGCAGUGCCAUAACGCGUAGUCGCUUAUAGCGUAUGUUCGACGAAAAUACGAAUCUGAUAUUGGUUGAUUUCGAGGUUAAACAUACGCGUUGACAUUAUACGUACCAUGGAUCGGUACUAUUACGGGUUUACUCCUAAUCAACCCCCACGAAUCUCACUAAUUAAGCGCUUUUUUUUUACUUUCUAUAUUUCAGAUACUACGAGAUCUUUCUUUAUACGAUAAUAAAACUUGCGAAUGUAUUUUUUAGUAAACUUGGAACGAUAACGAACGUUUAAAGAAAUAAAGUUAUUUAUAGAACGAACGAAACUGCGAAGAGAAUCAUUUGACCUUCAACCUUUGUUCUUUAUCCUUUAUUAGUCGAGUACGUUUCCUUGACGCGUACAGAAAAAGCAUACAUAAAAAAUAUGCCUUACACCUACGAACUUUAAUAAUAUUCGUAAUAUUUUUUUUUUUUCUCUUUUCUUGUCUUUAAAUUGGAAGAUGCGCAGUAAUACUUUUCGUGGGAAGCUACUUGGGUUACGGAUUUUGGCAACGAAUAUAAAAUAGCUAGAUAAACGUGACCUCUCCUCCCCGUCGAAUCGGUGAACGACUCGGCGAAGGCUUGAAAUACUGUAUGUGACGAUUACGAGACGAACAACUCGCCAUUUUCUUUCUUUUCUCGUCGAUAUAUAUAUUUUCUCGUGUAUAAUGUGUACUCGUUGACUUACAAGCUAAUAAGUACUAUAUAUUUGGCAAAACUCUGUGUUUACGGUACGUAAAAAAGCUACCGGUACAGAAAGCGUGUUCGCAACCUAGGAGACGUUGGUUUUGCUUCUAAUUUUUAUUCCUUAUUUUUUAUUCUUCCUUUUUAGAUACAAUUAUCCCCUUCAACAAAUAUACACGCGAUCAAUGAUCUUCUCGGUUACUUUCGUUAGGUUUUUAUUCUUCUUUAUAGUUCUGCGAACCCACCUUCCGUACUUGCAUACAACAUCCUAAACUUACCGGACCCACCUAAACUUAUCUCAAAUAGUCCAUCUUAAUGAUUAGGAAAAACGUUUACAAGCAUUUACAAAAACUUAUCACAUUUUAACUGCGUUUUCUCGAAAAGCCAUCUUAGACAUUAGGACAGAACUGAUAUUUUUACGUUAUCGAAUAUUUAUGUAAUAUUUAUAUAUAUAUGGCAGCUUUCGAUUGUUCUCUCUUUCCCUUACGUAUUCUGAAACGAUAAUUCGAAAAUCCGUCAAGACAAUUUGACAAGUGCCGCAACUCGCGCGGGUUUACUUUUAAUUCGUUCGCCGAAUAUCGAAAGUGUCGCUGCUUUUGAUUAUACUAUACAUACAUAUUCAGAGAGACUUUUUAACGUAAUGAACAUACAUCCGAGUAGAUUGUCGCCACAGUCGGUGUAUCGAGUAACCUCGUUCUGGGAACUCUCUUUCUAAUUACCGUAUCUUACAGUCCUUAGGUAUACUGUUUCGGGAUCGUCAUCGAUAGAUCCGAUCGCGACGACACGCUAUCUUAUCGACCAGAGUUCUGUCGCCAUAGCCGCCCAAUUUUCGUUCGGAUUACUUUCGCACUUACACAGUAAACUAACAUAGGGUACAUAAAAACAAAAGAAAAAAGGAAACACUAA